GCUUGCAUAUCAUUCAUUUUAUUAUUGUGGUGACACUGUUUGCGUCGUCUUCUAAAUCGCAAAUAAAAGUUUAAAAAGAAAAGAAAUAGCACAAAGAAAACUUAAUCACAAAUUUUAAAAUGAGUGCAAAAGUAUUAUUCGCAUGUUCGAAAUGUUUUUCUCGGCAUCCAUACGAAGAACUUUCAUCAGGGCAGCAGCUUUGCAAGGUGUGCCGUGGCUCUACCUCAACUGUUAAAUGUACUUACUGCCGCUCGGAAUUUCCCUCCGCCUCCAAAUCACAGAGUGCCUGUAAAAAAUGCGAGCAUUAUUUAGGCAAAUAUGGGAAGCCCACAGCUUGCGAGUGCUGCAAAAUUGUUGCCGCCUUCGGUAGCUCCAAAUGCAUGAGAUGCGCCAGCUACGAGGCUAAGUACGGACCGCCAACACAAUGCGAUGAAUGCAAGCUGAGAUCAGCCUUCGACAGGCGCGACGAGAACAAAAAGGUCAAUGGGAAGAUGCUGUGCUGGCUCUGUACCUGCGCCUAUAAGCGUGCACUGCUGAAGGCACAGCAGGAGGGUCGAAUAUCCAUGUCCAAGAAGCGACCACACGAGAAGUCAUCCUCUUCGUCGGGGCACAGAGAAAGCUCGGCGUCCGCAAAGAAGCCAACACGCGGUGGCGAAAUUGGUAAAAAUGCUGGCAACAACAAUGCUAGCGGUGUUACAGCCGUAAGUGGUGCCGGACUAGAUCUGCCCGAUAAGAUAUCACGUGGUAAUGGAGGCAAUGGCACAAUUGCGGCACCAGCUGCCAUAACCGUGGACACAAACUCGUCGGAUCAUGUGGUAGCCAUUACAUAUCUAAAGGAGCGCAUUGCCAGUCUGGAGAAGCGCUUGAAUCAAAAAGACAAAGAACUGCUGGAGAAGGACAAGCAGUUGACAGAGCUGAAGGGCAAAAACUUUGAGAAGGAGAACGAUAUGCGCAACAGACUGAAGGAAGUGGAGCGUUUGCAUGACAUGAAGGUGGAUAACUUGAAUCGCAAGGUUUCCAGUCUGCUGAAAGACUUGGCCGUCAUGAAGAAGAGCACCAACAAAAAGGGCGCCACCAAAGCGGAGAAGGAAGCGAUCAAACGUGAAAAUCUAUCGCCCAAAGAAGAGAUCAUUGUUGCUGCUCCCGAGAAGCAAAUCAAGCGGGAACGAGAGCGGGAGCCAGAGCGUGACCUGGACAAGGAUGAGAAGAGUCGCGAUCGUGACGAUGAGCGUAGCGAGCAGGAUCGUGCCAGUGUACAUUCACGCUCCGGUUCCAGCAGUCCCUCCUCAAACUAAAUCGCACACUCAACCCAACGAGCAUCAUAUACACACUAACACACACACACAACUGCAUAAGGCCACAAUUCAUUCUGUUGUGAUGCGUCGUGGUAUUUGUUGUAAUGAUUUUUUUUUAGUUUGUCGCUAUAUAAACAUCUAGAAUUUUUUUACAUAUUUCCUUUAUUUUGUAACAUAAUUUUUACAUUAUUGUUUUAUACCAUUUAUAUUCUAUGUCGCUACAUUUUUCCCCCCACUGAAAAUGUUCUCAUUUGUUUUGUACUGCUUUCAUUCAAUGUAAUCAUCGACUAGAAAAUGUAAUAAUAUAGGCUCAACUUAACAAA